CCACAACACUCUAUCAUCUCUUUGACUCUCGCUGACGGUACCUCGUACUCAAUUGGAUUGUUUUCAUUCCAUACAUAUAUCUACCUUGUUCUCUCUCUCUCUUCUCUCUCUCUCUUCUCUUACGCCUUCCACAACACACCAUGUCCCGAUCCGCCGCAGACGCCACUAGGUUUACGGCCACGGGGCCCUACGCCAGCUCUAAGCCCAGUGCAGCCCCGUACAAGCUCCCCGGCUUCAUGGCGAACUCGGCAGCGUCGAACUCGCAAUCUACGGGGCCCGGAGGCCAGAGACAAGAAACGCCCAAGGAGAAGGUGGAACGGCUACGCGCACAGGCUCGGGCAUCCCGGAUAGCACAGUCGACUUCGCGCGUGGAUACCAUGAUUGAUUUUGGCCGGAGGUUUGCGAACAAGGCCCAUAAGACGAUGGUUUACACGCUUAUUGCUGCGUCGGGUAUCUGCGGCGCUCUUACGGUUUACUCGAUGGUUUCUCUUACGCUAUACAACCGUCGCCAGCGCGCUCUAUGGAUCGAAAAGGAGAUGCAGACCCUGCAGGACGCAAAGACGGCCUACACCAGCGGAACCGCUACAGCGGAGCAAUUGGAGUUGCUGAAGAACGAACAGAUCGGCGAGAUUGUCAAGCAGAAGCGGGAGGAGGAGAAGGCCCAGCGGCCCUGGAACAAAGCCAAGCAGUAUCUCCUGGGUGGGUUGAAGACCGACGAACCUGCAUCAUCGGAACCCGCCGCCCUGAAGAUCGACGCCGCUGUCAACGAUAGCAGGAAACCUGGUGUGCUGGAGGCUCUCAACGCAGCAGAUCCUAAGCUCACACAGUCGUCUUCGGCUUCGUCGUCGUCGUCGCCGCAACCAGGACAGCUGGAUAUCCUUGCCGACAACGCGGAGGGGGCCGCAAAGCAGACAACGCGAAGUUGGAAGAGCUGGUUGACCGGUCGGUAAAUGACCGAGUACGCGAGUAAGAAAGCGAAAUGAUACGAAAAGAAGAAGUAGAAGUAGAAGAAAUAUUGCUGUGUGCCGUCUGUCUCAUCUCGUCCCUUUGACGAAAAGCGUGCGUGUUGAACUGUUUGUUUUGUAUCGUCGCAUAUUGUGUCAUCCAUCCAUCUCCCUUGUACUCCACACCAACUCGGGGUUGCGGCGUCUAUCCGGAUAUCUGAUUUGAAAGUUUUUUCCUUCUUUCUUUCUUUCUUUUUUCGAACCCAUGUACUUAUCACUACUGGGUCCGGGUUAACUAUAUUAUGUACAUAUAUACAUAUCCUUUUUUCCCCCAUGAUAUUGGUUAUAAAAUCCUAGUACGGAGUAGUCUUGUUCUAUUUUUAUUUCACUUUCACCUCUCUUUAUGUUACACAAUGCCAUUUACUCCG